AUGCCGGAGCAGGCCGUGUGUGCGGGGUGCCACGGGGCCAUCACAGAGCGCUUCCUCCUCAGAGUCACCGGGGGCCUGUGGCAUGAGCGCUGUGUGCGCUGCGCCGCCUGCGGGGUCCCGCUCACGCACUCCUGCUUCAUACGGGAGAAAAAGUUCUACUGCAAGAAGGACUACGAACUAUGCAGACUGGACACAGUGAGUGGAGCUCCAGACCAGGUGAACCUGAUCCAGAAACUGGAUCUGCCCUGGGUUCACUUCACCAGCGGCAGCCAAAGUCUGUUUGCGGUGCGCUGUGGAGGCUGCUCUGGGCCCCUCUCCCCCUCAGAGAUGGUGAUGCACGCGGGCUCCUCAGUCUUCCACCUGCGCUGCUUCACCUGCAGCGUGUGUUCUUGCCCACUGCAGACAGGUGACCGCUGUGUGCUGCGAGCGGGACAGCUCAUGUGUGCCAGAGACCACUACCACCAAGGCCUGGUCAGCCCCACGUCCACAGACACAAGUAAAAGUGAAGAUGAGGAAGAUGAAGAUGAGCCAGAGAGGAGCCGGACGGUCUGUUCUGAUGACCCGGAGUGCAAGCGCCCUAAAAGACCUCGCACCAUAUUGACCACUCAGCAGAGGCGCACCUUCAAAGCCUCAUUUGAAGUUUCAUCUAAACCAUGUCGGAAGGUAAGAGAGACGCUGGCAGCAGAGACGGGCCUGAGUGUGCGCGUGGUGCAGGUCUGGUUCCAGAACCAAAGAGCCAAAAUGAAGAAACUGGCCAGGCGGCAGCAGCAGCAACAGGAGCAGCAGCAGCAAAGUCAAGAGCAACAUGAACCGGCGAAACAGCAAGCAGACUGCACAGCGCCCUCUUGUGGGGGUCUGGGUGAACUGGAGCAGCUGGCCUCCUCCUGCUCCCACAUCCAGCAUCAGCAGAUGGGGCUCACCUCUAUGGGGCAGCCAGACUUUGAGCUGGACUCUUUCAGACAGGGCCUGACCCCUCCUCAGAUGCCGGGAGACCACAUGUACCCUUAUGGUUUUAAAGGUCUGUAUGCCGACAUGGACAGUGAUCCAGUGUGCCACAUGACGAGCAACCUCCACCUCGAGGCUUCAGUGCUCACUCCCAUCGACCGCCUAUACUCCAUGCAGGACUCAUACUUCACCUCUUGA